AGUGCCCGCGCGUCUCUCGCGAUCGUCGGACCGCGCGUACGUAAAACGGGGAGGUUUUCGUCGACGUCGUCGCGUGGGUGUUCGCGCGCGGUUCCCGCAAGCCGGUUGAGGGAAGACUCGCGUGACCUAGUGCACCGGAAGUAAGCUCGACGCUCUUCCGCGAGUGAGGAUCCGAGGAUCUGUGGCGCGAGAUGCUUGCGGUCGACGAUCGACGGGUUCCGCGAUCCUGAAAUUAUUCGGAGGGUGACGAUGAUCGACGAGUGUGAAACUUGAGAGUUCGCGGAUCAUGCAGUGUCCUCGAUGAUUGAGCAGGAUUCCUUGAAAUCUUGAAGUCUGCGCCGUCUGAUUUUGGUCUGAUCGUCCGGGCUUCGUGACGUUUUAAAAGCGCAAAUAUCGAUCGCUCGGCGCACAUCGUCGAUCUGAACGGCGGACUGUCGUAGGAAGUUCUCUUCUGCUUCGCAAAUCUGCUCCCACGUCUCUGGAGAAUGUAAUAAUGCGAGUGCGUAGCAAUGCAACUGAUACCGCGUGAUUUUUAUCGGCAACGGCAGUGAGGAAGAAAUGAACGCCGUUAAAAUCCGGGAGAACGAUAAGGUUCGAUCGAUCGAGUAUGCAGGGUGGAUCGAGAUGACUCUAUGAGAGUGCAGGGAUAGCGGAACACGUCGGAUAUUAAAGGAGACGCGUCGGAAUGUUGAGGGGGUCGUGGCGGUCCUGAACCGGUUCGAGCGGACGGGGGAAGCAGCUUGUCCUUCCGGCGUGAGGAUCGCCGAUGGCAAUCAUGUUGUAUAGGACGAGUCUCGUGAGGUGCGUCGACACCCUUUAACGUCGCGUACACGAACGUCGCGCUCGCACGGAAGAUGAUGGUCAUCUAAGAACUUUCAUCUAUGUGCGACGAGUUUUCGAGGAUGUGCAGUUCGGUGUCAAAGUGUUGGUGAGAACGGAGCAGCUUCGCGCAUCUGAUGAUUUCCUAUUCUGGCUUUUGUCGUACUUCGCUUUACGGAAAAUCCGCACAUACGAUGCCAUAGUCGCCCAAGUGCGGACUGAUUUCACAUUGGACACAAUGGCACUGUUGUUCGCCAUAAUCGUUAUUUCAAUCGCCACUGCCAUGUCGCUGCCACCGGUCAUUAGAAUCGGAGCGAUCUUUACCGAGGAUCAAAAGGAUAGCCCGUCGGAGUUAGCGUUCAAGUACGCCAUUUACAAGAUCAACAAGGAUAAGGCUCUGUUGGCGAACACGACACUGGUUUACGACAUCCAAUAUGUGCCUAAAGACGACUCCUUUCGCACAUCCAAGAAAGCUUGCAAGCAACUAUCCAGAUCUGUGCAAGGUAUCUUCGGGCCGUCCGACCCACUUUUAGGCGCUCACAUACAAAGUAUAUGCGAAGCACUGGACGUCCCUCAUCUCGAAGCGCGGGUCGAUUUCGAGCCUACUUUCAAGGAGUUCAGCAUUAACCUACAUCCAGCUCAAGAUCAUCUUAACAAAGCGUUCAAGGACCUUAUGUCCUUUCUAAACUGGACCAGAGUGGCCAUCAUCUAUGAAGAAGAUUAUGGGUUGUUCAAACUGCAAGAUCUCGUAAAGUCCCCACCGUCCAUGAGAACAGAGAUGUACAUUCGUCAAGCGGGUCCCAGGUCCUACAGGCAGGUCCUGCGGGAGGUCAGACACAAAGAGAUCUUCAAGCUGAUUGUUGACACGGAUCCGGCGCACAUGCAGCAAUUCUUUCGAGCGAUAUUGCAACUGCAAAUGAACGACUACAGAUACCACUACAUGUUCACGACGUUUGAUAUAGAAACGUUCGAUCUGGAAGAUUUCAAAUAUAACAGCGUGAAUAUGACGGCCUUUCGCUUGGUGGAUCUUGAGGAGCCCAAGGUUGCCGAAGUACUGAAGCAGAUGGAGCGCUUCCAGCCGGCGAUUGGACAUGCCAUUCUGAACAAAACGGGGAUCAUUCAGGCAGAACCAGCUUUGGUGUACGACAGUGUGCAGGUUUUUGCGCACGGUUUGGCAGCUCUGGACCGUGGUUAUGAUUUAAAGCUGGCGAAUCUGUCCUGUGAGAAAGAGGAACCGUGGGACGACGGUUUAUCACUCUACAACUAUAUUAAUACCGCAGGCUUACAAGGACUAACCGGGCAUAUCGAGUUCAACGAAGGGAAAAGAAACAAUUUCAAGUUGGACCUCUUGAAGCUGAAGAAAGAGGAGCUUGUCAAGGUUGGCGAAUGGAAAUCCGGCUCCGGCAUUAAUAUCACGGACCUGGACGCCUUUUACGAGACCACAAGGACCAACAUUACGCUUGUGGUGAUGACAAGAGAGGAAAGACCCUACGUCAUGGUAAAAGAAGACAAGAAUCUGACUGGCAACGCAAGGUUCGAAGGCUUCUGCAUCGAUUUACUCAAGUGGAUCGCCAGCCAGGUCGGCUUCCAGUACGCGAUCAAAUUAGUGCCCGAUCACAUGUACGGAGUGUAUGAUCCCGAGACGAAAGAGUGGAACGGGAUCGUGCGCGAGCUUAUGGAGAAGAGGGCGGAUCUGGCAGUUGCCUCCAUGACGAUUAAUUACGCUCGAGAAAGCGUGAUAGACUUCACAAAACCGUUUAUGAAUCUGGGGAUUGGAAUAUUAUUUAAGGUGCCGUCCAGUCAGCCGACGCGACUCUUCUCCUUCAUGAAUCCACUGGCGAUCGAGAUUUGGCUGUACGUGCUCGCCGCCUACAUGCUCGUGAGCUUCACCCUCUUCGUGAUGGCGCGCUUCAGCCCGUACGAGUGGAACAAUCCGCAUCCGUGCCUAGCAGAGAGCGACGUGGUCGAGAACCAGUUUAGCGUCAGCAACAGUUUCUGGUUCAUCACCGGCACCUUCCUCAGGCAGGGCAGCGGACUCAACCCCAAGGCGACUAGUACGAGAAUAGUAGGCGGCAUAUGGUGGUUCUUCACGCUCAUCAUCAUCUCCUCUUACACCGCUAAUUUGGCCGCCUUCCUGACAGUUGAGAGGAUGAUAACGCCGAUCGAGAAUGCCGCAGAUCUUGCCGAACAAACAGAGAUAUCGUACGGUACUUUGGAAGGUGGGAGCACAAUGACGUUUUUCAGGGACUCGAAGAUUGGAAUCUACCAAAAAAUGUGGAAAUUUAUGGAAUCGAAGACUCCAUCCGUGUUCGUUCAAACUUACGAAGAAGGGGUGAAGAGGGUCCUGGAAGGCGACUACGCAUUUCUAAUGGAGUCAACCAUGCUCGAUUACUCAGUUCAACGCGAUUGCAAUCUGACGCAGAUAGGGGGCCUUCUAGAUAGCAAAGGAUACGGAAUUGCUACUCCAAAAGGUUCGCCCUGGAGGGAUAAAAUAUCACUAGCUAUUCUGGAGCUGCAGGAGAAAGGUGUAAUACAGAUCCUCUACGAUAAAUGGUGGAAGAACACGGGAGAUGUAUGCAACAGAGAUGACAAGAAUAAGGAAAGCAAGGCUAACGCUCUCGGAGUGGAAAAUAUUGGCGGUGUCUUCGUCGUGCUGCUCUGCGGCCUGGCGCUCGCGAUCCUGGUGGCGAUCCUCGAGUUCUGCUGGAACUCCAAGAAGAACGCCCAGUCGGACAGGUCCCUGUGCGCGGAGAUGGCCUCGGAAUUGCGAUUCGCUGUCCGUUGCGACUCCCGGCAGAGGCCCGCCGUGAAAUCGCGCAAUUCCGCGGCCGCGGGGCUGUGCGGCCGUUGCAGCCCGCGCACCUCCAGAAGAAGGACACGUCUGUACUCCGCGGAACACGAGGAAACCACCUACAUACCGAGCAUCGAGAUCCCGCGAUUAAAUGGUCAACAGCAACAACAGUCGCAACAACAGCCACCGUGCAAAACCACCCCCACGCAUACGCAUCACACACACUGCCACUCACAUUCACACCUUCACAGCCACCAUGCGCACAAACACCAAGCACCUCCAUCGAGGCAGAGACGGGGCUCUUCGGGCAUCAUCUUGGGUCAAGGAGGUGACCAUCCUGAGAAUAUUCUCUGGAGAUUCGACCGCGACCUGGCGGGUGAACCGGAUGUAGUGAUCUCCCCGCCGCCCCCGCCACCGCCGCCGCCCUCAGCGACGGUCUCGAGGACCACGACCCUUUGACCAAUACUCGAGGAGGUACCGACGGGGGUGCCUGUCCAAAAGGAGUUGCCUACGCAGGCUUCGGUGGUCAUCAACGCGAUUGAUCAGAAGGAGACAUGCUUAUAGCACAUAUAGUCGCCGGGGCGGGUUGGUAAACCUCAACGAGGGCCAUCCUGCGCCGACGACGAUGUUGGAUCAUCACUUAACGAAAGUGUGCGAACGUGAAAUUGAGGCCGACGUCGAUCGAACGAGCAACACACGCCACCAGACAUGGGAAACAUUGUGUUCUAGUGAAGAUACGCGUCCUCCAUUGCAUGAUACGGUAUCGUUCCAACGGGACCGUGGUAAACGGGGGGUGCAAUGUGACUAAUUUGGCACUCGGAGAUUCGGCUGGAUUGAGAAUCACAUGCGUGUGAUAUAACUGUGCUACAUUCACGAAAGUAUCGAUCGAAUCGCUAUACGCAAGAAACAUACGCUAAUCGGGAUAAUGGAAACUGUGUACUCUGCGUGCAUCCGUUGCAGGACGUGUGUUUCCCCCGAAAUCACCACAGAUGUUCGUCGAUCUAUGAAGACAACGGAAUGCUAUUCGCAAUGCGUAUUCUCCCUUGACGGGCUGAUCAGAACGCACGUCCGACCGGCGAAUCAAGCCCUGAUUGGAAUCAAAUUGAAAAGUGCCAGUGCGUGAGUAUCACAGAUCAAUCCGGAUAAUGGAGGCUGGAAGAUGGAAUGUCACGCGCAAUACCAGUUGACCAGGAAUUGCCCGUGUUUCGAAAUUUCCCGAAGCAACGGUAGAAUAUCGAGUGGCAAGCCGAACGUUCAUCCGAGGUGUCCAGCUGAUUAGAAUCGACCACAUGCAGCAUGUCGAUGGAGCCGACAUGCAGCCGAAUUUCAAGUUAAACAUAUCGAAGCGGAUUCAUGAAGUCGGUGACGCUCGCUCGCGGCUAGUUUUCGCACGUAGAAUUCUACUCCAGUUGCCGCGACAAUUGUCGCGACAUUUUAGGCUAAAAGUAAAACACGCGACAAAAUUGACAAGGCAUCGUCCAUCCAGUGAAAUAGCUGACGAAGUAUUCACGAUUACCUCUUAACUGAUUUGUGAUACGAGAUCACUUUGUAAUGAUUAUAGUCCUGUCUGCGCGCCGCUCUGUACGCCAACGCGGGCGUUAAGUUAAAGAUGAUCGCAAGAUCGCGGACUGUGCUUAUGCGAUGCCGAUGUCUAUUGGAACGCAGCUUCCAGUGACAAUAAUUUCAGGCCGCAAUUUUGCCACGAGCUCUCGAUCUCGAAGAGAUGCGAGACAGACGGAACCAAUAGACAAUUAUUUAGACUGCAAACGGCUAAAUAAAACUUUGGCGUGGACCUACGAUGGCAAGUAUAAUGCAAUAAAACAUCGACACUGCAUCACACGAGGCGGACCAAGUUCAAAUUAGUAAUCACUGCCAGAUUUAGCCUAAACACAUGUCAAAGCGUCCAAUAAUUUCGAGCAAAGAUGGACAGGUACAAAAACCGAAUUAUACGAGAAGUAGAUACAGACGGUACUAAUUGCUAUUCAAGAGAAUUUAAAAAAUUGAAAAAUUAUUAACAUUAUUUUUUUUAACGUUCUCUUUUUAAAUGUAAUUGAUAAAGCUUGACUCACAUUUAAUAAAAAUUUUGCUACACUUUUCAUUUUCCAUUUAUUAGAAAAUUUUUUACAUUCAAUUAGGGGAGAAAAAAUUUAAAUUGGGAUUGCAAAAGCUUUGUAAACAUAAUGUAUGGCAUGAAUCAUUUUUAAAGGAAUGUAAGAAUAAUACGCGAGUACAUUUUGUUUACAUUAUUGGAAAUCCUUGUAAACAUUUUUUGUAUACUUUUUGCAAAAUUUUUCCAAAAAUAAUUGAUAUAACAGACUUGAUUUUUCUGCAGCAAACUUGCAUUGGCAUUGCAUAAUUUGGUUGUGUAAGCUCAUUCGGAACUCGAUAUUUCAGAGAGAAUACGAUGGCGUUGUAUUGUAGAUAAACUGGUACAUUAAUUGUUGGGAGUGAUUUAUAAAUCUUUUGUAUAAAUAUAUGUGUGUGAUUUAUAAAUACACUUAACAUGUAAACACGAAAAUGUAUGUAUAAAUAUGCAUAUGCAUGUAUGCGUCGACAUGUGUACAUAUAUACGUACCAUAUAUUCUGCGCUCUCGCGUGUGACGAGUAAAUUUGCGGAGCGCGCGAAUGCGCCAAAAAACCUAGUCAUAUUUUGACAUGAUCGAAUAGUUUAUUAUCACUGACAUGUGUACAGCGCGUGUUUUUCACGAGAGAGAGAGAGAGAAAUGUAGUUAAAUCGAAUAAUUGUUCGACAGUUUUUAGCUAUACACCCGCGGCGUUUCGUAUUGUAUUGAAUAUAUUAUUAUAUGCGUGUAUCGCUGUUUGUUGAAAAGAUUAUGUGCAGCGAAUUUAUUAUAUGUUAUUAUUAUAAUAUGUUAGCCGUUGGACGAUGUGAGUGGAUGUAUAAAUGUGUGCAUAUAUAUAUAUGCUAAUAUGUAGCGAUGAAAAUCUCGCUACGAUAAACAAAAAUAAAAUAAAAGAAAACAGGAGAAAAAGCGAUAAAGAGGCGGAACCGGAAGCGCAGGAACGAGCAUGCCACUAAAUCUGAAGUGCGAUUCGCGAUAAAUUCGCCAUUCAACAGCUUUAUCUGUUAUACCUACGGCUACAAACACGACGCAUUCGCGUUGCACCAGUACAUACCAUUAAAAAGCGAACGUUAAUUUACCUGGAUCGUUGGGAUCAUUUGCGAGACUCAUUGCGGAAUUUGUCAGCGAAAGCGGCAUGCUCUUGCACGUGUGUGCGGGUGUUUGUUCUACGAACAGUGUACAAAUUUUCGAUUUGAAUAACGUCAGUGUUGUGAGCAACAGGUAUCGCGCGACUCUUUAUUUCUGUUAGCAUGUAAAACAUUUCUGUACACUUUUGUGAGAGUCUUGUAAAAGUCAUUGAAUUUUGCUGAUACAUCAUCUUUUACAUGGCGAAAUCCGGUUUUAUGUUUUUUUCCUCUGUGUAAAACCAAGAAAGAUGGACGAUCUGAGCGGCAGCAACUCAAAGUAGAAGCUAAGUGAGCGAUCACUUCUUGACGUACUGGUAAUUAAAGACUACCUGUAAAAAGAAGGAUCUAUGGAAUGUUUAUCAGCAGCGAGAGCAACAAACAUCUGGAUACUUUUCUCUACAUCGAAAUAAAAGAUUUGAACACCGA